UCAACCUAUUUUCCAAAACACCAGAACCAAGACAAGAAACAAAGGAUCAAAGAGAGAAGCAGCCUAGAACUAUGGAGAAAUUUCCUAACAGUGAGAACAAUUAACCAACGGAAUAGUUUCUCGUACUUCUGAAUAUUCACUAAGUAGCCAGUUGUUAAGCGAGGACUAUAUACAAUCUGUCUUGGAUGCCGAAAUGGAGGUAGCAUUAAAUAGACCAAUAGGUUUGCCCACUGAUCUUUCUCUCCCUGCUUCUCCCCAGGAUGACGUCUUCAGCUCCGUCUCUUCUGAUUGCCUGCCUUGUGAUGUCCCUCAACAGUUACACUCAGCAGGUCCUUUACUGCCCACCCACCCCUGCCCCAGAAAGCGUCACCGAGUUCGUCUGCAACUCUCCAUCUCUACGUGAAUUUCCCACCGGCUUCCCCGCACGAGCCAAGAGGAUCUCCGUUGAGUUCACCCAAGUCUCCAGCCUUGGCGUGGAGGCCCUCCAAGGUCUUCCAAACCUCCAGGAACUUCACCUCUCCAACAACAGGUUAAAAACUCUUCCGAGUGGCCUCUUCCGUAACCUCCCACAACUGCACACUCUGGAUCUCUCCAGAAAUCUCCUGGAAGAUCUACCUCCAGAGAUCUUCACAAAUGCAAGUAGCCUAACUCAUUUAUCCCUCAGUGAAAAUCAGCUGGCUGAACUGCACCCAUCCUGGUUCGAAAGCCUGGCGGAACUCAGGAUCCUAGGCCUUGACCACAACCAGGUGAAGGAGAUCCCAAUUUCUUGUUUUGAUAAGCUGGAGGAGUUGACAUCUCUAGAUCUCUCAUUCAACCUUCUCCAUCGCCUCGCUCCAGAGAUGUUCAGCGGCUUAGACAAUUUGGAGAGGUUAGUUCUGGAAAGCAACCCAAUCCAGUGUAUUGUCAAGAAGAUCUUCCAUUGGCAUCCCAAGUUGAGUGUGCUGUCCCUGAAGAACAGCAGCCUGACCCACAUCAUAAUGGGAGUCUUUGAUCCAUUGGACCAACUGGAGCUACUGGAUCUCUCUGACAAUGAGCUCAGCACAAUGGAUGAUCCAGUGUACAAGCCGUCUGCCAAUCUCAGUCUUGAUCUUUCAGGAAACCCUUGGGCGUGUGACUGCCGUCUGGAGAAUCUUCUAAGAUGGCUCAAGGAUCACAACAUCCAUUUAUAUUCCAAGGAGGAAUUUGUCUGUGCUUCCCCCAAGCAUUUCAAGGGUGAACGUGCAACUUCACUUCAAACAUAUCAAAUUUGUCCCUGCUAAACUUUCAAGGUGGAUCUUUUCCCCACCUGUUACCUGAACAGCAGGAUUUUCCAGUUUGGGGCUAUUUCAAGUGGAAUGGACUUCAACUCCCAGAAUUCUCCGCAAUGGCCAUGAUGGUUAGGGAAUUCUGGGAGUUGAACUCCACCUAGACCAGGGGUAGCUGGCUCAGGAAUUCUGGGAGUUGAAGUCCACAAGUCCUAAAAGAUCCAAGGUUGCUUACCCCUGAUCUAGAUGGAUUUAAAGGAGGGCAGCCAGAACAUGAUUGGAAAAAAAAUUAAUUUUAGGGAGAAAAAGUAGCUGACAAUAUACUAAAUCUGGUACAUGCUCACACACUUCCCAAGGUGCACCAAAGGAGGACGAGCUAGCUUCGCAUCAGAAAGAAAGACAAGCAGUUCCUCCUGGAGCAUUAUCCAAGGCCUCCCUUCACUCCACCGGAACCACCUCACAAACGGGAAGGUUUAAAGCCGACAGAAAUCUGGCUGCCUACACAGAGCACCAACUCGCCUCCCCCAUCAAAGUGUACCUAUUUAUCUACUCCCAUAGAGCAUGCUUUUGUGGGCCAAAGCUAAGGCAAAUACAGGAACUCAUGAAAUUCUAGGGCUCGAACCACUUGAGCAGAGACCAUCUCCAAGAUCAUUAAGCCACUGGGCCAAUGUGCUUCUCUCAUCUGCUGUUGAAUAAACUCUACUUCUACUUCAA